AUGGCAGAAUUCCUUAUCCUACUAUUAUUCUCGUCGAAGUUUGUCACUAGUGGAAAUUCUCAGCAGGUGACGCUACAAGCAUAUGACAAUACCGCUAUGGUAGGCAUGCCCAUUGACGAAUGGGCCCUGGAUUAUGAUUCGACCGUAUCCAUACCUGGAAUGGUUUCUGUCCGGGUCAUGGGAUCUAUUCCAGUUGUGGCUGACCCGGCUAUGCCUAAAAACAGCAGCAUUUACGUCGACUGUGGUCCUACCCAAAGUAAACUACGACAACAAAAUGAUGAGGACGAUGACAAUGUGGAGAAGAAUGUGCCAGGUUUCUUUUGGUUGGAUGAUCAUUUGGUGUGUCAAUCCGGUUUCUACAAUAUUACUACAUUAAUGCAAAUGGAUGGGACCAUCCAUACUCCCAUCCCUGUGAGCUCUCGAAGAACGGAAUGGGUCUUAUAUGGCGAGUUUUGGCCACAAAAUGAACGCUUUUCUUUGACGAACAGUGUUGCCGAUAUUAUUUUAGUGUCAUCACAAAACCACGCGACGAGGAGUAUAUUCCGUCAAGUCAAAAGCAUUGUUUCUCCUUUAGAGCAACGCCGCAUCCGGCUUGCGCAGCAACUUCAGAAUGGUUGGGGUCUGUAUAAUCACAACUCGCUCCAGGAAGCUAUAUUGCUUCCGGAAGGGAUUCGUUUGAAAUGGGAUUUUUGUGGCAGCUCUGACUCAUCGUCAAGUUGCGAUAAAUCACCGAAAAUUCCAGCCACUGUCCGACCUUUGGUUGCUUCAGUCACACCAGCAAGAAAUACUCCAGAGGUUAUGCAAUACGAAGUUGGAUAUCCAGCUCAAAAUGCGACAUUAGAAGUCAUGUAUCGAUUCGGGCCAAAUGACAGAAUGGAGUUGACUUUUCUCUCGACGUCUGCCCCCACCAAUGGUUAUAUUCGUUUCAGUGCUGAUGUUGCCUACUUUCCUGCUCGACGCGGAAGUAUUGUGACGUCGUCGUCGUCUUCCAUUUCUGUGGCAGCUGUUGGCUUGCGCUCGAUCACAUUCUGUGCCUGCGGCCUAGGUCGGUCCUCUGGUUUUCCUGUCGAAGAAUCCAAUCCGAUCAUCAUGGUACCGGUGCCAAAAGCUGGGCAUUCCUUUACUGUUCACGGCUUUGAUUCCACAGAAAUGGAUGAAACCGAAUAUGACUGCAUGAAAAAGGGAACCCAAGACGUGACCAUGAUUCAAAAUCACCUACAAGAUUCGAAGUUGGCAACACUUACCAGGGGAAUCGAUGCUGCAAUAUAUUACAACUUGAUCUACACUCCUAUGGAGCGCACUUUAAUUGCUCCUGUUUCGCGGGGAUGGGGAAAGGCACUUUGCAUGCCCGCUCUUCUACCAGAACUCGAAUACGUUCUCUUUGAUUGGGAUAAUGUGUUAGUCGCCUACAUGAUGGGUAUACGAGGGAAGAAGGACUUGGCCUAUGCUAGUUUGAUCCAAGUGGUUCGAUCCAGAACUGCAAAAGGAUUCAUUCCUAACUUUAGUGCUGGCGGGGCCAAGAGUCAAGACCGCACGGAACCACCUCUUGCAGCCAAAGUUUUGUUGUUCCUUGCCGAAAAAUUUGACGACAAAUGGAUCGUCGACUAUCUUUGGGAUGACUUGGCAAUACAAAUGGAUUGGUUUUGGUCCAACCGACGACUAGAUGAUUUCAUCGUUCUGGGGAGCGAUCCGGUCUUGUAUCCCAAUUCGCAUAGCACCAACACAAUGCAAGGGGCUCGAUAUGAAAGUGGGCUGGACAAUAGCCCAAUGUACGAUGGAAAAUUUUUCAAGGGUAACUUGAUGCAACUUUAUGAUGUUGGCAUGACAUCGCUAGUCUUGCAGGAAUGCGAGUCGUUGAUAACGCUCGCAAGUUUGAUUGGUAAAGAUGCGAACGAUUUGAAACACCGAGCAAACCUUCUACGUCAAAGCUUACAAAAAUCAUGGGACCCCGACGAUGGGAUCUACACCAACAUGUUCGUUAAUGGAAGCUUUUACAAGCGCCGGUCACCUACAAGCUUUUACCCACUAUUGAGCAAGGUGGCAACUGAUGCUCAAGUAGACUCUAUGGUGGAACAUUGGCUGACGAAUGAAACUCGAUUCUGUAUAGGUCGACGUACCGAGGAUUGUUGGUGGGGCCUACCCAGCAUAUCGGCCGACGAUCCAUCCUUUCCCGGGCUUGGGUAUUGGCGUGGCUAUGUCUGGGGUCCAAUGAGCAUUUUGGUCUACUGGGCACUAGACAACUACAGUCAUUUGCCUCAAGUGUCCUUGGCCAAACAUCAGCUGGCGAAUCAAAUGUCAGACAUGUUCUUGAAUCUUUGGGAGAAGAAAGGGAGAGUUUGUGAAAACUAUUCGCCCCGUCACAAUUCAACUGAAUGUACUGGCGAUAGAUUCUAUCACUGGGGCGCCCUUACUGGAGUAUUGGCCUUGAUGGAAAGAAACGAGACAGAGCUUACAACGAGUAUUAGUAGGUUGUAG